AUGACAGCUGAGCCAUCAUUACGGCGACAACGGAAAGUUGUCAUCACUACAUCUCCAGCCCCAUCCGAUUCUGAUUCACGCCGCGACUCCUACUUCUCAGAAGUUUCUCAAUCAACGGCCCCUACCUCUUUCCACUCGGCUUCCGGGUCUAACAAUAAAUGCCUUGAUGCUCAAGGGAACAGACCUACCACAGCUAUGAAGCCAACAACCAUUGAGUGCAGAUUCGAUACUACCUCUUCCUCUAUCGCCACAUACGACUCGGUCCUGUCUGAGAUGGCACCCUUGUGUCGAGAUUUGCCAGUCGGCGGCGAUGAGGUAGAAUUUGAAACUGAGGAUGAGGAGGAAGAAGAGGAAGAGGAGGAGGAAAGCGGCGAUGAAGACGAAGACGAUGAUGACAGAGAGGAUGACCAGGAAGACGCCGACAAGGACUACAUACUAUCCGACCCUGAGUCACUUCAUAUCCCUCCAGUGUUACCUCCUUAUCGCGGAACCUCUAACGAACGCCCCUGUCGACCAUCUACACCUCAAGACUUUGGCCGUCUAUUCCCUUCACUGGACCGACUUGCCGUACGCCAUGACGAUUGUACUUCGGAUGGCAACAUGAAUCUCCGUGUUGAUACCGUUGUUCCUUUUGGACAUACACGACGCACGCUUGCAGUUCAGCUAUUCCACCUGCGCAUGCACGAUCUGGCUCGCCGAGAGUUUUCUCUUCGCCGUUACUGCCGCGACUCUGGUCGAGAGGUCUGCAACUCUAAACGUGCAUAUGCUCCAGCGCCCACCAGUACUGUCGCUGCAGCACGACCUGCCCUUCAAAGGUCAAUGAGCUCUGCUAUGCGGACGAUGGCUACUCCAUUUCACCGACCUACCUCCAGCAACUCUUCAAUCUUCAAGUUCGGCAAUGGUACCAACGCUUCUACAGCUUCUGAUAACGCCUCCGUAUGGUCCGGUUCGCAUCACACAGAGAAAUCAGACUCGCCAACUCCUAAGCCCAAGGCACGAAUGGUACCUACAAACAGAAUCAAGCUUGAGUUCAGCAACUAUGCUCGCGUAGAUAUUGCACGACGAGGUGGACGCACCAACAAGCGAUACGAGUUUGAGUGGUGGGGUCACACAUACGCCUGGAAGCGUGUAAUUGACAAGAACCUCAACGUUGUCUCAUUCCACCUCGUCCGAGAUGGACAUGGCGCCCCCGUCGCUCAUAUCGUUCCUGAGAUGCGAAGUCCCAACCAGAUUCUAGACGAUGAGAUGGCUGGAGCUUGGGUUACCCCUUGCUACAUCUGGAUCAGUGACAGUAGCAUCAUCGAUGCCAUUACCGACGUGGCUGAUGUCAUCAUCGCCACCGGUCUUAUUUCCCUGGUCGACGACUGCAUUAAGGAGCGAUGGCAAGCUAAGAAACCGUCACACCGAGCUAUCCGCAGGGACACUGGCGACGUCAACCAUGCAAACCCUCGCUCGUUUAUGCACAGCUUCUUCCAGCGACGUCACUCUGAAGAGCACUCUUCAAGCCGUGGCGCAUUAAAAUUCGGACGCAAGCCUGUCGCUGCGUAUUAA